AUGGCGAACCUCAUGAAGAAGUUCAAGAGAAAGCGCAGACUCUCAUCCGAGCUGCAUUCCCGCUGGGGCGAUCCCGCCAUCAGCUAUCCCAACCAGGGCUCCUGGAACCAACGACACCAGCCCCCGGCUUUGCCGCCAGCGCCUCCAUUGUGCCAUCGCAGAAUCCGCGGCGCCAACGGCUCAUCGCCCCAGCAUAUGGAUGUGCAACCUAAUUCGAAUCGCGGCGACUCGGUCAUUCCUAAGGGAUAUUUCGAUGAAAACAUCCGGCAUCGAGCGGGAAAGAGCCGAAAUCAAAGCCCGAGUCCAUAUCAUCCAAAUUACAACCACAACCAGAGUCAUACCCAAGACCGACAACCUUCUACCAGCAUGCAAGGACUCGGCAUUGACGGCACUCGCUAUACCCACGAGAGAGCCAUAUCCAACAACAACAGCAGCAGCAGCAGCAGCAGCAGCAACCACAAUCACGACCACCAUGAUGCAGCCUCCGACUCCUCAUGCGGCGAAGAUGACGAAGGGAGAGACACACUCGGCGACCCGGGGAAGGCCGAGGAAUAG